CAUUGUUAAUUAAGCUUUAGUAAUUAUAUUAGUAAUAAAAAUGGCGGAAGAAAAGUCACAGGAGCUGGAGUAUACACCAACAUGGGUGGUCGCCGUCGUCUGUUUCGUCAUUGUUCUUGUUUCCCUUCUUGCCGAACGCGGCCUCCAUCGUCUUGGAAAGUUCUUCCGGGACAAGAAACAAGAUGCAUUAUUUGAGGCCCUGCAGAAAUUAAAAGAAGAAUUGAUGCUUUUGGGAUUUAUUUCCUUACUAUUGACGGUGUUCCAAGAGCGAAUAAGCAAAAUAUGCAUUCCUGCAAAUAUUUCAAUAAUAAUGCUUCCGUGUACGUUAAAAGAAUCAGUUACCUCUAAUAAUCUCACUGCAACAACUGGGAGACACCUUUUAGCUGGAGGUGGUGUAGACCAUUGUACCCAUCAUAAG